UCGUUGCGCAAUAGCAGUUAAUAGUGAGUAGAAGAAUAAAGUGGCACGCGUUCACCACAGGUACCCUCAGACCUGAAAUGAAGGGGUUUUCAACUUGGCGCAUUGGAGUGGCAAGCUGUUGUGCAACAGUUACAAUGGCUUUGAUAAUGUGGAAUCGAUGGAUGCAUUUCUCUCGUGAUAAAAAAAAAGCAGUCAAUGGAGAAGAGAGUGAUGGUAAAAAUAGAGUAUCUCUGGGUGGCGAGGAGGGAGGUGAGGUGUUGGGGGAGGGAGUGGGAGAGAUAAAAGAAAUAAAGGAAAUAAAAGAAAUAAAAGAAAUAAAAGAAUUACCCCAGCCCAGCUGGAUCAAAGUGGGAGAGAUAAAAGAAUUGUACUUUUAUCCACUCAAGUCGGGACGAGGGCGGGAGGUUCUGGACUGUCAGUUCACUGAAUAUGGAAUUGCGUUGGAGGAUAAAGAGGGUUUGAUUCUGAGGGACAGGAUGUUUUUGGUGUACAAUGAGGAGACCGGAAAGUUUAUAACAGGAAGAAAUUAUCCGACGCUAAUUCUGGUGACUUUGACGACUGUAGAUGAGUCCAGGGUUCAACUCCAGGCAACUGGAGUUCCGAAUUUAAUAUUUGCCUUGCCCCAGUCUUCAAAUGAUUCGUUGGCCAUCACCUGUAAAAUGUGGUUUGGCGAAACCGUGAAAUGUAUCGAUUGUGGACCAGCGCCUGCCCAAUGGAUAUCGAAAUUUCUGACGGGCACCGAUUCAGGGCUCAGGAUUGGCAUCGCGAUGAAGGGACGGAGGAGUAUCCUCAAAGGGCCAUGGGAGAGAUUCAAAAAAGUUUAUGAGACACUGAGAAGUGAAGACACGGGGUUCUUUGCCGAUUUAGCGAGUUACAUGCUGAUGUCGAAGUCCUCUCUAGACGAAUUGAAUUCAAGAUUGGAAAAUUGUGUUUCUUCUCUGCAAUUUCGUCCAAAUAUCGUUGUAUCUGGGAGUCUACCAUUUGACGAGGACAAUUGGGAGUGGAUAAAGAUCGGUAACAGCGCAGUCAUUAGAAAUGUGAAACCCUGUCCGAGAUGCUCAAUGAUCGGAAUCGAUCCUCAUUCAGCCGUAAUAAAUGACCAAGAGCCAUACAAUAUAUUAAAAUCAUUCAGAGAACAGACGGAUGAUCGAAAAAUCAAAGUAGAUGGAAAAGCGCCGGUGAUGGGGAUUUAUUGCGGAUUGUAUUCAACCGGAAAUGUGAAAAUCGGUGAUGAUGUUUUUGUUCACAUGCCGAAAACCGUUUGUACCACUCCUGUAUAGCGUUUUAAUAAAAUUCCAACAACAAAAGCA